GCUCUCGCUCCGGAGGACAACAGCGCUACCAACAACCACCAACCACCAGCGCCACCAUGCAGGCCAUCCAGGUCGUCGUCGUCCUCGCCUCCCUGGUCGUCACCCUGUGCCAUCCCCACAUGACUGGAGCCACGAGUGAAGCCGAGGCUGCGCGCGCAGCAGCCAUCGCCAGAGCCUUCCAGGCAGCCAGCUUGGGUCUCGCCGGCGCCCCAGUAGGCUUGGAUUCGGCUUCGGCUGUGGGACUGGAGAGUGCCCAGCGUGCAGCUGCACUGAAUGCGGCGAGAGCAGCAGCGGCCAACGCAGCCGCCAGGGCGGCAGCAGCCAAUGCCGCUGCACGUUCCCUAGGAGCUUCAUCAGGAGUUCUGGAGGAAGUAGAUGUGGCACGCGCCCUUGCAGCUGCUGCGGCAGCCAACCAGGCAGCAGGCUUCUAGUGCAGGAGGCGCCUCCGCCCGCUGUUCUGUUUCGCCGCCACGCACUGCUUCCUAUAGACGCUUCUGUUGUUAAUAAAGCCGAGCUUCUACUCUGAA